AUGGCGAGAAGCAGGGGCGUGCUGUCGGCGGCGGUGGGUGAUGGGGAUGACAAGUACCUGCAGUACCGGUGCCUGGUGUGCCACGAGACGAUGGCGUUCCGCAACGUCCCUGACAAGCGGCUGGUGGAGCACCUCCACCACCACUGCCCCGCGGUCACGCCUGCCGUCCGCAGCCGCCUCCCGCGCCCCAACCGCCCGCCAUCAGAAGCCGCCGCCCACAAACGGACCAGGCGCCGCCAACACCUAGGAGUGCAUGAUUCUGCUAACGGAUUGUGUUGUUCUAAUGGAUGGAUGGAUCGCUCCUGCUCUGCUGUGACCUCCCCCUCCCUCACUCGCUUCGCUAGGCUGGAGGAGGCGACGGGCGUCUUCUUCGACGCGGGCUACAUGGAGCACUUGAUGAGCAUGGGGUUGUGGUACAAGGCAGACGGCUACCUGCAGCAUUUCCUCCCCGCCCCCGGCCACAUGAGCGAUCGGUCCCUGGCCCUCGUCUUUCACCUCCGUCGCGCCUGGACCCUCGCCGCCGUCGCCGAAGGCGGCCCUGACGCUGCAGGGUUCGCCUCCACCUUCGACGUAGACUUCCUCGCUCCGUGCCCCCGCGCCGCCCGCUUCCGGAAGCUCCUCCACAAAAUGCACGCCCAGCAACCCAGGGCCUCCGUGAUCUGGGAGAAGGUUGCACCUAACGCUGUGAAGAUGGCCAUGGACAUGGUUGCAGAUUGUCCUGAGUUAAAGGACAAGCUGCAGGAGUUGCCACACAACAGGCCGUGGGAGGUUACUCCUCUGAUUGGAGCACGACGACCACACAGGCGUCGCAUCAGCAAGGCAGCUGACCGCACACCGGCAGAUGUUCUCUCUCGCGCCUUUCUGCGGCGGAAGAGGUUACAUUCGGUUCAGGAGACGAAUGCUUAUUCAGUUCCUAGCAAUGCAUCACCGAGUUAUGUGGAGUCAAAUAUGAAAAACGAACCAAUUACUCCAAAGCCCAUCAUUCACGGAGGUUUCCCAAUUAAUGCACCAUCAAGUUAUGUGGCAUUCAAUAAAGAAACUGAACAAAUUGCUCCAGAGCCCAUAUUUCUUAGAGAGCCACAGGCAAAGGAGAAUGUGAGUCAACUCUAGAGAAACAGGACGUACCCAGCUCUUAAUAGGCAAUAUAUCACAUGAUUGAUGUUGGAAUAUUCGCAAAGAUACUACUACAUUUGGUUGCAUAUAUUGGUAGAAAGUAAAGCCUAAAGCCUUAGAACUAGGCAGAUGAUAUGUCACGAUGACUAUGUGCAUUAUCAUCUGUUAAUUGUGAACCACUCUUACUUUGGACUGGCGUUAGUUGAUGACAAGUAAGCCAAUCACGGCUGAUGCCUAGUUGGCAAACCAAUUUAAACAUUGCUGAAAUUUGUUGAGAGCCUACCACGGCUGAUCCCUAGAUUGCAAACCAAUUUAAACGUUGUUGAAAUUUGUUGAGAUGUGGCUGAAGCCGAAUGGCAUUUGUAAUUUCUUUCUUCUUGCAACAAAUAAACAGAUGCUAUAUUUUUACAUGUAUGAUUGGCUCGGUUAAAACUUAAA